GUGGCCGGGGAGGAGCCAGGGAGGGGCGGGAGGCGACCUAGUUAGCGAGCCCGCCCCCUCUCCUCCAGCCCGGCCGCGCGGGCCUCCCGUCCGGCCGAGCCCGCAAGGGUUAAAGGCGGCGGCAGGUGAGGUGGGCGGGGCCGCGGACUCGGGGAAAAAGGAGCGCGGGGCAGAGGAUGAAGGCAGAGAGCGCGGGUGAGUCACGGGCGGAGCUGGGCUCGCUCGCUCGCUCGCUCGCUCCCUGGCUCCCGCCCGCCCUCCGCCCUCCCGCCGGCCCUCCGCCCCUCCUCCGCCGCCCGCUGCCGGCCUCCAGCCGCCCGCCGCCGGGUCUGGUCGCGGCCCCCCGCUCGUCUUCGGCUCCUGUGCCUUGCCGUUGGAGAGCCCGCCGGCGCGCAGGGCCCAUGAGCGCCCGUCCGUAGCGCGCCAGCCUGCCGUGCCCGGAGCCCGAGCGCAGCCUCGAGGUUCCACUUGAGGUGCCCCUGACUGUCCCUGCUCCCCACCCCACCCCGGAUCCCGGCAAUGCUAACCGCUGUCUGCGGCUCUCUGGGCAGCCAGCACACGGACGCGCCUCACGCCUCCCCGCCGCGCCUCGACCUGCAGCCUCUCCAAACAUACCAGGGCCACACGAGCCCGGAGGCUGGGGACUACCCCUCCCCGCUGCAGCCUGGAGAGCUGCAGAGCCUCCCGCUGGGCCCGGAGGUGGAUUUCUCACAGGGCUAUGAGCUGCCGGGGGCCUCCUCUCGGGUAACCUGCGAGGACCUGGAAAGCGACAGUCCCUUGGCCCCGGGACCCUUUUCCAAGCUCCUGCAGCCGGACAUGUCACACCAUUAUGAAUCAUGGUUCCGGCCGACUCACCCAGGCACGGAGGAUGGCUCGUGGUGGGACCUUCAUCCGGGCACCAGCUGGAUGGACCUCCCCCACACUCAGGGCACGCUGACCUCGCCUGGCCACCCCGGGGCGCUUCAGGCUGGCUUGGGGGGCUACGUCGGAGACCACCAGCUUUGUGCCCCGCCGCCCCACCCACACCCGCAUCACCUUCUCCCGGCCGCCGGAGGGCAGCAUCUCCUGGGGCCGCCCGACGGGGCUAAGGCCUUGGAAGCGGCCGCCCCGGAGUCCCAGGGUCUGGAUUCCAGUCUGGACGGAGCAGCCCGGCCCAAAGGCUCCCGGCGGUCAGUGCCCCGCAGCUCGGGCCAGACCGUGUGCCGCUGCCCCAACUGCCUGGAGGCGGAGCGACUGGGGGCUCCGUGCGGGCCCGACGGGGGCAAGAAGAAGCAUUUGCACAAUUGCCACAUCCCAGGUUGUGGGAAAGCCUACGCCAAGACGUCGCACCUGAAGGCGCACCUGCGCUGGCACAGCGGCGACCGUCCCUUCGUGUGCAACUGGCUCUUCUGCGGCAAGCGCUUCACGCGCUCUGACGAGCUGCAGCGCCACCUCCAGACCCACACGGGCACCAAGAAGUUCCCCUGUGCAGUCUGCAGCCGCGUCUUCAUGCGCAGCGACCACCUGGCCAAACACAUGAAAACCCACGAGGGCGCCAAAGAGGAGGCUGCCGGGGCGGCCACCGGCGAGAGCAAGGCCAGCGGAGCGGUGGAGCCCCCCGGGGGCAAAGGCAAGCGGGAGGCGGAGGGUGGCGCGGCUCCCUCCAACUGAGCUGCUCUGGUACCGCCCCCCACGCUGGUCUCUCCUGGGGGCAUCAGAAGAGCUUUCGGGGCCUCCCUCCACUCCCCCCGCCCCGGCCUGAUGCCCUUGGGGGUUGGGGGACUCGAGUCAGAGGAUCAGGUGGUUAUUUAUUAAGGGGGAGGAAAAGUGGUGCGGGGUCAGGGGGACGGGACAGUAGGGGGUUUUUUAGUCUCUGGGGCUGGACGAGACGUGUUUGACUGGCUGGGCUGGGAGGGGCUGCGCAUGCUGCUCUGUCCUCCCUGUCCCCACUACUUCGCUCCAGUGCCCGGGCUGGGGGGUUGGGGUGGGGUACCCCUACCGUGGCUGCAGGGCGGAGGGGACCUGCUGGAAGAGACAGCGCGUCCCAGGAGCAGAGAGGAGUGGGGCCGCCGCAGGCGCUGGGGGUAGCUGUCUGGACACGUCCUUAGUGCCUGGGAACCGGCACUUAAAAGCGCCUCCGGUCCCGCCCUGCGGCCCAGGUCCCUUUCAUCCCCCAUAUAGUACUUCUGUUCCUAUGUUUCCCGAGGGAGCGCUCACGUGGGGUAGGGGAGACAGGGGUACCCUCUAAGGAGGGGUCUCUAUCUGGUUGGGAGGGUUGUUGCCCUAGAAAUAACUCCUUUUAUGUGCCUUCUGAUUAACCCUUCCCAACCCAUUCUGAUGGAGCCUUGAAGGAAGAGGGGAAGAGGCCAGAAUCUGGGACAGCUUCCCAGCCAGAGCAGUGGGGUGGAGGAUACAGCUAGACCAGGAGGGGGAGGGCAAAAAGUCCUCUUCUUAAAAUGAGAGGAAGGAAUUGGGUAGGGCAAUGGAAGGAACUAACCCCUUAUGCCUCUAACUCGGAUUCAGUCCUUAACUCAUGGUUUUCAUGAAAAAUAAAGUUCGGUGUAGUUCACAUUCCCCAUCCGUUACCUGAUCUAGGUUUUCAAGGCAACCAGAAGCCCCAGCCCCCACCCUAGAAUGAUGUAGUGUCUCAUCCUGGCUCCCUGUUCCCACCCCUCCCCCCAUCAUUUGCUUUCUCCUUAGGGAUGGAAGGAAGAGGGUUACCUGGGUUGCCUGGGGAGUAGGUGGGGUGUCCCAGCAGAGGGACCUCCAGUGGUCUCCACUCAGGGUGGAUGUCCAGCCAUCUUCUACUCACUGGGAAGAGAAGGCCCACUCUUUCUUUUCUUUCCCAUCCCCUUUCUCUGCUGCCUGCAAGCCUUGCCCUUCCUGUAGAGCAUUAGGAGGCUCCCUUCUCCCCAUCUCAAUUCUGGGCAGGGAGACUUCCCUUCCAUAUGAAGGAGGUGUUCUCCCAUUGGAAGGGGUCUGCCUUCUGAGGUGAUGUCCAAGAAGCUGUCCCUGUCCCCUUCUUUAGAUGCUUGAGAUCCAUCCUGAUUGUGAUCUUGGAGUGGAGCCUGGGGAGGGGGAGAGCCUGGCAGGGAUGGAGCCAGGCAGAGGGAAGGAAGCUGAUAGGGGGUCAGGGUCUGGAACUAGUACCCUUUCCCAAGCUAGAGGUAGAGGCCCUAAGAUUCCCUCUGACCUCUCUGGACCCCUUGCCCCCUUUCUCCACCCAGAGCCCUAUGCAAAGAUUAGUUGUGUAUUGAUUUUUAAGUUAUAAGGAAAAGGUAUUUUAUUUAAUAUUAGGGCAUGUGUGUGUGCAUGUUGUUUGUACGUGUGUGUGUAUUGUGUGUGUGUUUCUCUACUGAGCCUGGGGUCUCCAGCUAGAGAGACCCCACCUUGUUCACCCUGUCCAGAGCCCUAGGUCUUAGGCUUACAGCAUCUCUUCCUCCCUUGGGGAUGCUGAAGUCCAGUCAGUCCCAGGACUGGGAGCUAAAUGGGAAAUGGGUCUGGGGUCUGGAUAGGAAUAUGCGUUUGCAUAGAAGGGAGCCCUUCUUAAAAGGGACAGGGUGACUCUCCCUGAGAGACUCAUGGGCCUGGGGUAGUUUAAGAAGUAACGUUCUUUCUUUUUGCUCCCUCUUCCCCCUACCUCUUGCCACCCCAACCAGAGGUCCCUUUCCUUGCUGAGAGGGUUGGGGGUAGGAGAGAGCUCGCAGCGCCUGCAGGUUGCCUGGCCAGGCAGAGAAAGGGGGAGAGAGGGAGGGCUCUGUGGGUGUGGGAUGCCUUUCUCCUCCACCCAUCGAAACCAGCCACCCCCUCCCUGCGCUACCAGGACAGCCUUCCCCAGUGACCAUUGUAAGGGGAACUCCCGAAUGGGUGUUGGGGUGGCGGGGAAACAUUGAUGUUCCCCUCCGGAGGCCUUGAGUUCUAAGGGUGCUGGUGAGGGCUUCGGAUGGGUUUUCUUCUGCUCCCCUCGUUUAUAGAUCUAGGUUGCUUGGCUGUCUACCCCCUUCUAGGCAGCCCCCUAGAGGAGAAAUGUAGGAUUUUUUUUUUUUUUUUCCCUUUAACUGCUGUGAACCCACUUUGGGGGGGAGAGGAGGAGGAAGAAACAGCCUGUGUUUUUUAUGCCGUAAUAAAGUCAU